ACCCACCAAAUGCUCCACCUGUGCUUGAAUAGCAUGCGACCGCACUAGUAUCUUCUCAUCUUUCAUUCUUUUUCCCCAGGUGGAUGAUGAUGGCAAUAAUACAAGUCGGAUUCAUUCUAUAAGAACCGAAUUUCACAUGAUGAAUCUGAAAGGGAAUGAACUUGACCGGUGUUGCUUUCCUUCUCUCUAUUUUUUGGGUUCUAUGGUCGUUUCGGGCUCUCAUGUCUACAUUGUUGGUGGUUUUGAUACUUCUGUUGACCACUUGGUUCAAAAACCGGGAGAGCAUUUGUAUUUGGGUGGGGCUUGUCUUGAUUUGGACUCCUCUCAUCUGGGGCUUGGGUGGAGUCGGGUUCCAAUCCCUAAUGUGGAUCGCAGGGUUCCUUUUUGUGCUGCCCUUAAUGGAAAGAUAUACAGUUUUGGGUUCUAUCGUCCUAGUCCAGAGGUUUAUGAUCCUGCUGUUGGGGACUGGACAUUUUUCUCUGCACCUUUGCCUUCUCAUCUUGCUCGUUCUCAAGUACUUUGUGUGCUUCCUGACUCUGCCAACAACCGCAUCCUUUUGCAGUUGUCCGGUGGUGACCUCGUCGAGCCUUCCCUAUACGCCUUCUACCCAGACGGAAGCAGUGGUAGUCAUUGGAAAUGCGUUGCCCCGAGUUUCCGGCAAUGGUACCACAUCGCCACGGUUGCUGACGACGUGCUCUUCAUUCAUAACCGCAAGAAGUACCGCUCCUUGAUUCUUGGGGCCUAUGAUUUAGUGAGCAGUAUUUGGUUGGAUGUGGAGUGGACCUCACCCUUUGAAGACAAUGUCGAUAAACUAGUUGCUCAUAGGCAGUUUGACGCUGUGUUUCCUUUUGGACCCCGGACUUUGUGCUUUGCUCUUUGGUCCCCUGAAGAUGUUCUUUUUCCUGAAGUGACGUCUGAUAAAACAAGAGUUAUCUUCCUCAAGGUUCAAGUUGAACGCACUGGUUCUACCAUAUACCUCUCUCCACUUUCCAGCCACACCUUUGACCUACCCAACACUAUCAGUGUGUUUGAUUUCAUCCCUGUUUAAUUAGAAAAGGUACUCUUUUACCCGUCUGAUUUAUAUGUAUCUAAUGAUUAUUACUGUUUGACAUUUUGAAUUCAAUUGUUGCAUUUCUUUUAGAGGUUUUUUUUGGCCACUUCACUCUCGAAUACAGGAUGCAUGCCUUG